CAGCAUACUCGUGCGCCGGAUGUGUUGCCAUUCCCCGCACAAGCCGUGAGUGCUGAUGUGUUUCAAGAGGCUGGACGGCACGGAGACGAGUUUAAUGCAGUAACGAGCAGAGCGGCAGCGGCGGCUCGGAGGUCGAUGUCCAAGAAGACGGCAGCGGAGGAGAGCAGAAGCAGCACCGGUCCGGAGAGCGAAUGGCGCCCAAAGGUAAAGUUGGCACGAAGGGAAAGAGGCAGAUCUACGAGGAGAAUGAAGCCACUCUGAAGUUCUACACGAGAGUCAUCCUCGGAGCGAAUGUGAUAUACGCCGCUGUAAAUUUCUUGGUUUUCUACAGUUCGUCCACAUUUUGGACAUUGUUGCUGCUCGUGUUCGCGUUGGCGGUGUACGUCGGGAGUUACCGCUCCAUGGCAGCCAUGGCCAAGCCGGCGUUUGCUGAUGACGGAAGUCUCCUGGACGGAGGGAUAGACCUAAACAUGGAGCAGGGAAUGGCAGAGCACCUGAAGGACGUGAUCCUGCUCACAGCCAUAGUGCAAGUGCUCAGCACCAUCUCCUCUUACUUCUGGUAUCUCUGGCUGCUGGCCCCGGCCCGUGCCCUCUACUUGCUGUGGGUAAACUUCCUGGGCCCCUGGUUUAUGGCAGAAAGCCCGUCGGCGCCCGAGGAGGUGAACGAGAAGAAGCAGAGAAGACAAGAGCGCAGGCAGAUGAAACGAUUCUGAUGCUGCAGAGCAGGCGGAGCAGUAUUUUUAUACGCAGAAUUUAAUCUAGAAGAUGGCGAGGAAUUCACAAGUUAUUCAGGAAGAAAUUUAGUUAUUAAAUUAAACUCAAUCCAGAUCUGAUCUUGUGGAAUCUCGUUUUCCGUGUUUGCUUUCUUUCUGCUCUCUCCUGUGAUUGAGUUUUCUCCCGAAGUUAUGAAACAAAUUAUUCCUUAUUUAGAUAAUAUUACAGCCCAAAUGUAAUUUGUCCCCAGGCAGAGAUUAGGGGUUUUGCUGUUGCACAAUGCUGCCGCGCUGUCCCAUGCAGGUUUGAGUUAGUGAGUCAGUUUUCAGUUACACAGCAAGAAGAUGAGUCCAAAUUUUUUUUGAAUCUGUCAGUGCCGCUUUUACUGUGGCGCACGGUUUUUUAUUUUUCAAAAACUGUGAGCAUUCAUCGGAGAAUCAAGAGAUGUUUAUGAGUUAUUGUUAUCGUCAAAUCACCUGAAUGCCAGUGAGUUUUAAUAAGAAAAUUGAAACAGUUUUGCAAUAAACAAUAGAAAUCUUC